GGAGAUCGAAAAAACAGCUGAGGAGUGCGAGGUUAUCUGGGAGCAGAGCGGGACAGAUGACAAGCCUGUCGGACCGUUGCGGUAUUUCAUUAAGAACACUGCACGAAAGAUGCGGCGGUUAGCCAGCUUGCUAGGUUGCCGGGAAGCCGAAAUCGCUACAUCUUCCUCUUCAGAAGAGCGGGAGAUUCCUGAGGACGAGCUAAUUCUGAGUCAAGUCAUACUUCCAAAGCGUACCUCGAAGCAAGCCCCACGGUCAGCUUACCAGUUGAAGCCAAGGGGCAAGGGUCCAAACCGGUACACUCCGGAAGAUUAUGUCAACCGAGGAAAGAAGGUUGUCACUGAGGAGGAUGAGGGGCCGCGGCGGAGAUCAGCUUUGUCGAGGAUGAGGAACGACGAGCCGUUCUCUUCAGAGGAGGAGGAGGAGGAGGAGGAGGAGCAGGAGCAGCAGAAGGAGCAGCAGCAGGAGCAGCCACGGCAGCGGACGAAGAGGAUGGCCAUCCGGAAGCAGCCCGCGAGGACGGCACGUCGAGGACGCUACUAGGAUGUGCUACGUGUUGUUGUGAACUCUAUAUUCAUAAGUAUCGAUUUGUGAACCCUAUGUCAUU